AUGGCACUGACAUCGUCCCUGGCGGAGGACGCGACGUCCCAAGGUGUCGGUGCUCGCUACACCCCGAAUCAUGAGUACAGUCUGGGAACUCGCAGGCAGAAGACCGACCAGCCCACGGUGUCUUACGAGGAAUUCGAUGUUGAAGCCCAUGCACCCGUCAACGCCGAGAACCAUGCCUUCCAGGCGGGCGAAUUCGUGCCUGACGGAUUCUUCAACCGAGUUGGUCUUUUGUGCUUCACCAUCCCACCUCCAAUGUUUCAGUGGUCCUACGAGAUGCGCCGGCAAGCCCAGCCUCUGCUACCAUUUCUCUACCUGGGUCCCUGGAGCUGCCUCGCCGACCGCGGCCGACUCGUGCAGGAGGGAAUUACACUUCUCUUAGCCGUGCGGGACAAGCGACUCGCCAUGGCCAGCCUGAUCAGCGGCAGGCGGGCAGCGGAAGCUCUGCAGAUAGAAGACGGCACCGUUGACUUCGCAGACAACCAAGAACUUAUCACGAUGCUGCCUCGACUCAUCAACCACAUCAACGCUCAUGUCGCUUCAUUCCCCGCCACUGAGCCGAGCGGCCAUGCCCGGAAGAAGGUCCUGCUCUUUUGUGAGACGGGGAAUGGUCCGUCGGCCGUGGUUGCGAUCGCGUACCUGAUGGUGAUGCUCAACAUCAGUCUGCCGCAGGCACUGCAGUAUGUCUCCGCGCGCCGGUUCUGUAUCGACAUCGAUGAUCCGGCGUCCCAGCUGUUGUUGUCCUUCGAGAGUAUCCUCGAUGCCAAGCGGGAUGUCGAGGAAGCUAGACGGGCGAGCGAGGCAAAGAAUACUCCGGUCAGGGGUGCGUGUAGAAAACGGGAUGCCGCUGAAUUCGAUAUGGUUGAAGAUGAUGGUUACGCUAUGGGGUUGGAAGCGGGGGAGGCGGCGGAUGGGAACAGACGACCCCUGGCUCCCUUUGAGGAUCGGUCAGGAUGA